AACGAAGAGAUUAGUCCGCUAUGAACUGUGUGUUACCAAAGAUGUCUCUACGAAAACUGUACACCAUUUGCAUUCUAAUUAUUCUUCAAAAUGCCAUAACUUCGCGCGGUCAAUCCACUUGUCGUUUCGCUGACUUGUAUACCGUUGACGAUUUGGUGCAGAAUCGUGACGAUGCCGUGCAUAAAUUCAAAAUGGAAAUGUGCAAAUGGGAAGGAAAAUUCGGAUUCGGUGUCGGUUAUAACAACGUAACCGGCAUAACGUACGACGGAUAUAAAAUUGAUUACGAAACCGGUGAAGUGCGCGAAGAUCUCAUACAAUACUGGACAGCGGCAUCGAAAGAGGCACUUCAUGUGAAUAUACUCGCACUGUACUUACUGGACGACAUCUACGCGAAACAGUUUUUCGAUAACACAUCACAAGACAAUGUCGUUGAGAUUUUGGAGCGGAAAAUCGCUUCGUACAAUGAUUUUCAUCGGCGAUAUCCGGGUUUCGGUGGUUUUUUACCGUGGUUUGCGGCUAACGGUACCGAAAUGAAUAUAUUGAAUGGGUGGGAAUCGAGGGUGCCUAGUCUCGACAACAGCCAGUUGAUUUGGAGUAUUAAAAUUCUCAUUGAAGCGUUACGCAGGAAGAAUUUGCUUAGUUUGGCCGACAGAUAUCAGCAGCGCCUAUAUCUAAUGAUCAGCACGGUCAUACCAGUAUUCUAUGACUCGAAAAACGGUGGUAUUCGAUGCGUUUCAAUCAUACGCGACUUGUUGAAUGAAAGCGAAAUGACCAAUCCGAACAACUAUGUCACCGACGGAAAUUGCUUCUUAGACGAUCCGUAUGAAGGCGAAUUGAUGGCCUAUUUUAUGGAUUUCUACGCACCCUGGACACAAUUCAACUUGACCACAGAAGAGCGCAAUCGAAUUUGGAUAAACAAACGGGCCAAACUGGUUCGAGUUGAAUACAACACAACAACUCCAUCGAACAGUAUCGAUCCGAAACGGGUGACGGUGCAACAGGGCUAUUGGUUCUCGAGCCACGAACAAUGGAAGUAUUUCUAUCUUCCCUAUCUAGACAUCGACCUGCAACGACGACUGUUCAUCAAUGGCGAAAAGGUUCGAGUUUAUCAUUCAGCCGCAUACGGCAUACCCGGACUGUACGCCAGUGUAGCAAGUAGUGCUGCAGUCGGAACGUAUAGUGUGGAUUACUAUAGCGCUUGUGGAAUUCAGUUAGCCGCGUCACAGAUCGUGCAACAUCAUCACAUUGUCACACCGUACGGCAGUUACCCGGUAAUUAUGGCAAAUGAAUCGAUUGGCUUGGCAUGGUAUUUGCAUAUGUUAAAAGGUUCGGCGAUGCAAAAUUCAUAUGGAAGUACGGAAGCGACACACGUGAAUGGCCGAACGAUUUCUCCGGUGAUAACAUGGGAUUCGAAAAUUACCACCGUUGUGGCUAUGCUCAGUUCGAAAUUGAUUGAUGUCUCGAGGGAUAUUCUGCAGAGUGAUGGAAAUUACAAUCGGUUCUAUGAUAUAACGCAGACGGAAUGGUCACGUGUGUUUGGUUCGACGGAACUAUUGGGUGAAGAUCUACCAUGGUAUUUACCUUCAGCCAGCCUUCCUCAUAAUGGCCUGCCGGAUUUUACUCAGUGUCGUAACGACGGUACGAACAUUCACCGGCUUCAUUUCGCUACGAUGUGGAUUUUGCUCGGACUUGUUUACACAUUAGUUUGGUAAUAGAACAUUAUUGUCUCGCUGGGAUAUUUUUUGUUGAUGCGAGUCGGAAGGCCCGUGUUUUGUCAUUUUUGUAUAAAUGUUAGAUUUGGUGGUAAUAUUGUUGGAUUCUACAUGAGCAAUGAAACUAAAAAAAAAUUUGAAA